AGAUUUGCAAGCGGCGGGCCGCCAACGAAAUUGUUCGCUGAUUUUUGAAGUUGGCAGAAGCGAAUUGUGUGUCUUUGGCAAUUGGCUAGCAGUGUGUAGGUGUGUGUGUUGUUUGUGUGUGUUUUUGUGGGCUUGUGUGCACAAUUGCAGCAACAAUUGCAGUUAACCGAGAAAACGACAGCAACAACAAACUGUUAAAAUUCAUGUAGAAAUAAAAGUGAAGCCGGUUUUAAAAUUACGCAAAAAAAAAGCCAAGCGAAAAUUGCCCUCUUGUCCGCUUAUACACGUAUGUGUGCGUGUGUUUGUGUAUGUUUGUGCAUGUGUUAAAUCAAGCCACAAAACCGUCAAAGCACAACAAAAAUUCAAUUGAAACUAGUUAAGAUUGCCAAUUGUGAAAAGCGCUGUUCAAAUUGACAACAACAGCAACUCUCAAAUACAAAAAAGUAAAGAAAAGAAGAGAUAUGCAAGCGUUUUACAUUUUGUUAACCAUCGCGGCAGUCGGACUCGGAAGUGCCGCGUCGGCCACGCUGUCAGCAUCCGCCACAAGCGACCCACAGGAGGCGGAAUAUGUGGCCGCCUCCUCACCAGGCUCACAGACGGAUACAGCACCAGGAACGUCUAGUGAUGGCCUCGCUGCCUGCAGCCUCAGCUCGUCGGAACUGGAUGAAUGCAUACGGGGACUGUUCGAUUCGAUUGUGCCGAGAUUGAAGUACCAGGGUCUGCCGGAGUAUGGCUUGGGUUCGAUUGAUCCAUACUUCUACAAGCGAGGCAUCUUUCGGUACACGAACGAUGGAAUACAAGGCGGACUGCUUAUAAAGAACAUGGAAAUUUACGGCAUCAGCGGCCUGAAAGUGCACAGCGUUUCAUCCAAUUUCACGGACAGCGGCUUUGUCAUCAAAUUGGGCGUGGAGCUGCCACAGUUGAAGGCUGGCGGAUACUUCAAGGCGGACGUUAAAUUUGGCGGUCUGCGUUUGGUUCCCAAGGGACCAUUUAACAUAACAAUUGACGACGUCAAGGCCACCAUUCUAACCGAUGGACACAUUGAGCAACUGCCCAGUGGAAACCAGCGCCUUAGCUUGCAUCGUCUGAAUGCGAAUGUAAAUGUUGGAAGUGCUCGGGUCUUGGCCAAUGGCAUAUUUUCGGACCGUAAUCUAAAUGCUAUGAUCUUGAAUCUGGUCAAUGAGAAUUUGCCAGAGAUUACCCGCGUCGGCAUUCCCGCCACCCGUGAGCAAUGGGCGCCCAUUUUGGUUGAGCAUAUCAACGAGUUCUUUGCCCCGGUUCCUAUAGAAAAGUUCUUGGUUCAGUAAAGUGCUCAAAGCUCAAAUUGUAUGCAUUUUGUAGCUAAUUAGUUUUUAAUUAUAAUUUACGAAAUAUCAAUUAUUUAAAAUGCUGUUUCCAAAUAA